UUGACGACGUGCGCGUUACAAACUUGGCUAACAGCUGAAAGCGAACAGAAGUUUUUCGAACGAACCAACGAAAACGACGGAAAUGAAGUUGGCUAAGAAGUGCUCCACAUACUUGGUGAUAUGCCUGGUUCUGCUGGCCUGCUGUCUGCAGGAAUCGGAGGCCACGCGCCGUGUGAACCGCGGUCGACGCACCCUCACCCGCAGAUACUUCACUGGCCUUGCCAUCCCCGGAUGGGCUCUGAUCGUUUGUGUUGCCCUGGCUGAACUGCUGGUUGGCGGAGCUCUCUACUUCAUCCUUAAGAAGGUUAUCCUUGAUAAGGAGCAAGAUCAGACGGCUACCACUUACACUCCUGCCCAGACCCACGAGCCAGCCACUACCUACACUCCCGCCCAGACUCAUGAGACGGCCAAUGUGACUCCCACGCCUACUCAUGCCACAGCAAUCGCCUGAGAAGUAGCCACCAAUUAAGUUCAAAUUCCACCAUAAACUAGCUCUAUUGUCAUUUUAAUCCAGACACAUAGAACAUGUGAGUUCUGUGCCCUUUGUUUGCCUUCAUUUUCGAAUAAAAUCAUUUGUCACUUAUCUGGCGCCAAACUA